AUGUCCAUCCAACGUAUCGGAAUAGAAAAAGCAUUACCUAUGUUAGUAUUAGGUGUCAGUUGUAUUUUGGCUGUUGCCAUAAUCUUUGGUAUUCUUUGCGGAAAUAUGAUACGAGCACGACGUAAAAUCGAAAAAAUUCAACAUGAAAACGAAGAAAAAAAAGAACAAUAUCCAAUUUAUAUCAUGGCUUCACAAAGUCAAAAUUCGAUAAAACUUCCAAUUAGUACAAAUAAUAAUAAAAUUAAUAAUACUAAUCAAAGUGCUGCUAUUCUUUCAUCUACAACUAAAAUUAACGAAUAUCGUUCAUCAUCAUCUCGUAUGGAAAUUGCACUUGAUCCAACAUUCAAAAUUCAUCCUUAUCAUCUAUGUUCUUUUAAACGUAUUGUUGAACUUUGA